CAUCGCCGCGAUUUAACGAUUGAAUAUUAAUAUAAAAGAAAAUAAGACCAGCAUAAUAAAUAAAAUAAACUAGACAACAAUAAGUAGGGCCGGGCAAAAAUAUAUAAAGUCAAGUGCAAUUGAUUCAUAGCUCGCAUUCUGGUGUCGUCUCGUUCCUUAGGCCGCGAAUUGUAACCGCGAGUUGUCUAUUAGCCGCUCAGUGGAUCGCGUAUUGGCGCGAAUAGUCAAAGCAGUUACAAUAUACAUCUAUAAAUACCUAUAUAUAUGUAUAUAUAUGUAUAUAGAUAAAUAUAUAAAGAAGUAGAGGAUAAAUAACGUAACCGCGGGCAGUUAUAGUGACUCUGGAACCUGGAGACCUAUCGCGUAGCUCUAUGCCACUUUUUACUGUACCUUCACUCACUUGAUCGCACUUUCCAACUCUUCAUAAUAUAAGACAGUAAGUUUGAGUUGGCCCGUCUGCCGAAUAACAUCUCGUCUCUUAAACCCGCAGUGACGUGAACACGUUCUCUGGCUUUAAAUUUUUAUUUUUGAGUGAAAAAAAAAAAAUAAAGUUAAGAAGAUUUAAAAUAAUGAAGACAAAAAUUUUGUAUUUAUUUUUUUUCGUACUUGGCAUCAGUAUUGGGAUCGCCGAAUCAACGAAUAAGGAAUUGAAUAUUACGGAUUUAAAUUCCAGACGAGAUAAUCCAGUUACUGAACUUGUCGACUAUAUAUUGAGUUACAACGGACAAGGAAGGACGUUUGGGAUAAAACGCCUGCAAUUUAUGAUGAUGCCGAUGAUAUUUAAAAUGGGUGUGAUUAUGACUUUAUUGGUUGUCUUGACUGCUGUUUCGUUGAAAGGAUUAACUGUUGGAAUAAUACUGCUGGUGUUAAAACUGAGUUCACUUUUCGGCAAAUUUUACGCAUCAUUCCAGUCGCAAAAACCAACAUGGACGCCACCGGCCCCACCGGUUCAUUUUCACGUUCAUAAUGACCCUGGUUAUAAUCACUACGAUAAUGGAUGGGAAGCACCGGCAGCUGAUUAUUAUCAUAAAGGACAACAUCCUGUCCAUCCUAUACAACAUCCUCCCCAUGGAUAUUAGUCCCAAUUUUUUAUAUUUUUCUUUUUAUAUUUAUUUAUUUAUGUAUUUAUCUAUCACGCGGCCAUAUUUAGCUAAUUUAGUUUUUUUUUGUAUGAAAAAAAAAGUUAAUUAGAUGACGUAAUAAUGAGGAGUUCGAUUAUUUAACAGUUAGAUAGUUUGUAAGUAGAACUACGUGCUAUAUAUAAUUUAGUAAUUAAUGGCAGCGUUGAAGAGGUCUUUGAUUUUUUAAAGAGCUGCCAUUGAAAUUGAAAGUUGUGUAAUUUUUUUUUUAAGACUUGACCAAAGGUAUUUUAAUAAUUUUUUUUUUUUUUUUAAGUUCUGAUUACGUGAAUAAUUAUUUUUGUAUAUUAAAAUUUUAGGUACAGAAAUUUUGCUUUAGAGAGGCUUAUAAUGGAAUUUUAAUUUUCAAUGGAAAGAUUUCCAUUAGCCAUUGAAUUUUAUUUUUAAUGAUAACAAUUUUCA